AUGUCUGCUGCCGUUGAGACCCAGGACGCACCCAAGGUCGUGAGCCGGGAGGAAUGGCUCGAGGCUCGCCGGGCUCUGCUGGUCAAGGAGAAGGAACUGACCCGCGCCAAUGAUGCCCUCUCUGCCGAGCGCCGCUCCCUUCCCAUGGUCGAGGUGACCAAGCCGUAUUCGUUCAAGUCCACAACCAGGUCCGACCUCACGCUCGAGGAUCUGUUCGAUGGCAAGGACCAGCUCAUAGUUUACCACUUCAUGUUCGGCCCCGACAGCGACGACGAGGCGUGUCGCGGCUGUACGCACAUGGGCGAGUCCCUCCCGGAUGAGCGUCACUUGCAAUUCAAGAACACCAACUUGGUGUCCGUGUCGCGCGCCAGUCCUGCCAAGCUGGAGCAGUACAAGGCCAGAGCCGGAUGGACCUUUCCCUGGUAUUCUAGCGAAGGCUCUGACUUUAACCGAGACUUUUGGGCGACGACGACGACGGACGACGAGGCGCGCGGCGACGACGGCGGCGGCGUGCUGCUCAACUUCCGGUCCAAGGAGGAGACGGAGGCGCUGGGCAAGUGGUGGUACGAUGGAGAGGUGUCGGGAUUCAGCGUGUUUUACCAGAAGGGAGGCAAGGUCUUCCACACGUACUCAACCUUUGCGCGAGGCGGCGACAAGAUGAUGCCAACUCUCCACUUGCUUGACCUGACGCCACUGGGGAGACAGCUCGGUCUCUGGGGCCCAGCAGAGUUCAAGUUGAAGAACGAGUAUGGCACGGAGGAAACGUGA